AAAUCCUACACGGAAUAUAUACUCUUGGAUGCCAUUGCUUUUCUAUCCAUGAAAAGCUAGGUAGGAACUCGAUAAUGGCGGCCAUAAACUGCCCGACGAGCUCUUUACUGGUACUCCCAGCUUUUUUUCUUCUCCCUGUUUUCUUCUUCGUGUUUCAAAGCUCAAACUUCAAUCGAAACCCCGUGAUCAACCAGUUCUACUCUUCAAUCUCUUUCACUCCCGUUAGGCAGAGAUUAGAAAAUACAUACGCAAACAACACAAGCUUGUUGUCAACACAAGUUUUCGUCGCUGGAGUCGUCUCUGCAGAGGGCUCUGGUAUCGAUAAAAGAAGCGAAAAGAGUAGUAGUAAUAUCACUGAAGUUUUUGCAGAGAAGAUUACUACCCAAGUUGCACAGGAGGAGGAGAAGAAGGAGAAGAAGAAGAAGAAGAAGAAGAAGAAGAGUAGUGGGGAAAGAAUCGAAGAGGAGUUGAUGAAAGCGAGAGGUGCGAUCAGGAAGGCGGUUGAGUUGAAAAGAUACGAGUCGGAGAAGAAGGAGAGCUUCGUUCCCAGAGGUUCCAUUUACAGAAAUCCUCAUGCUUUUCACCAGAGCCACAUAGAGAUGGUGAAGAGAUUCAAGGUGUGGGUCUACAGGGAAGGAGAGCAGCCGAUCUUCCACGACGGUCCGGUGAACAAUAUAUACUCGAUAGAAGGACAGUUCAUCGACGAAAUGGAGCGGCCGUACAACAAGUUCAGAGCUCCGCAUCCAGACAAGGCUCACGUGUUUUUUCUCCCUUUGAGCGUCGCCAAGAUCAUCCACUUCGUCUACAAACCCAUCACCUCCGUCGCCGACUACUCCCGCGACCGGCUCCAGCGGCUGAUCGCCGACUACAUCUCCGUCGUCGGUGAUAAAUACCCUUAUUGGAACAGAAGCUCCGGCGCCGAUCAUUUCAUGGCUUCUUGUCACGAUUGGGCACCACAAGUUUCCUUAGCUAAUCCAGAACUGUUCAAAAACUUCAUCAGGGUUCUUUGCAAUGCAAAUCUCAGCGAAGGAUUCCGACCUCAUAUCGACGUAUCACUCCCGGAAAUUUACUUACCAGUUGGAAAACUCGGUCCACCGUCUCUGGGUCUACCUCCAAACAACAGAUCUAUACUAGCUUUCUUCGCUGGAGCAUCGCAUGGAUGGAUAAGAAAAAUUUUACUACCUGAAUGGAAGGGGAAGGACAAUGAUGUUCAAGUUUAUGAAAAGUUACCCAAGGGCUUAGACUACACGAGACUCAUGGGUCGGAGCCGGUUCUGCCUCUGCCCGAGUGGGCACGAGGUGGCGAGUCCCAGAGAGGUGGAAGCCAUUUAUGCAGGGUGUGUUCCGGUUAUAAUUUCAGUAAAUUAUUCGUUGCCGUUUAGUGACAUUCUUGAUUGGAGCCAGUUUUCGAUUGAAAUUCCAGUCGAGAAAAUAUCAGAGAUCAAGACGAUUUUACAGAGUGUUUCUCGAGAGAGAUACUUGAAGAUGUACAGGAGAGUGUUAAUGGUGAAAAGACAUUUUGUACUGAACCGGCCGGCUAAACCGUUUGAUGUUGUUCAUAUGAUUCUUCACUCGGUCUGGUUGAGAAGACUCAAUUUUAAGCUUUCGAGUAUUUGAUAUAAUAAUUUACUUG